GCGUUAAAGCCACAACCCCAAAGUGCGCCAGCGGAAAAGUGCCUGGCAACACUACCGCACUGUGCGCCGACUACAUCUGGAUUAGUACGUGAUUACAGCGGUGUCAGGAUUGCACAACUCUCUGGAGCCACAUCAGGAAGACAUGGGAUGGGCUACUGGCACAGAAGCCUCAAGUCAUUUAAUGGCAAACUCUGGAGUGUAGAGCUGCUUGAUUUGGGUGAAUGUAGAGCUGGACACCAUUUGGCUGUAUGAUGCAUUUUACUUCCCCGUAGAUUUUAUUGUAAGUAUCAAGAGCAGAGCCGCCACUACCCUCCAGUGCACCAUCUGAAUGGAAAUAUGGACACCUUCAAUGGAGGAAUUUUGACUCAACAUGUCCAGGAACUAUGAGCCUGGUCAAUCAGUAGGGAUGUUGGCCGCCGUGGAACAUGGUCCCAUCCUCUGCAGCGACUCCAACAUCCUCUGCCUCUCGUGGAAAGGCCGGGUCCCCAAGAGUGAGAAGGACAAGCCAGUGUGCCGGAGACGGUACUAUGAGGAGGGUUGGCUCGCCACAGGGAAUGGGAGAGGAGUCGUUGGGGUGACGUUUACAUCGAGUCACUGCAGGAGGGAUAGAAGUACACCUCAGAGAAUCAAUUUUAACCUGCGAGGACACAACAGCGAGGUUGUCUUGGUGCGCUGGAAUGAACCCUUCCAGAAGCUGGCCACUUGUGAUAUGGAAGGAGGCAUAUUUGUGUGGAUUCAGUAUGAAGGAAGAUGGUCUGUGGAGUUAGUGAAUGACAGAGGAGCCCAGGUGAGUGACUUCACUUGGUCCCAUGAUGGCACUCAAGCCCUCAUUGCAUACAGAGAUGGGUUUGUGUUAGUUGGCUCGGUCAGCGGUCAAAGGCACUGGUCCUCUGAGAUUAAUCUGGAGAGCCAGAUCACCUGUGGCAUCUGGACCCCUGACGAUCAGCAGGUGUUGUUUGGAACAGCAGAUGGUCAGGUAAUUGUGAUGGACUGUCAAGGAAGGAUGCUUGCACAUGUUCUGUUACACGAGUCUGAUGGGAUUGUGAGCAUGUCUUGGAAUUGCCCCGAUUUCCUAGUCGAGGACAGCACGGAGAGCGACACAGACUCCGAUGACAAUAUUCUGCCUUUAGUGCGGCGAGUUAAGCCUCUGUUGACUGUCACCUUCUUAUCAGGAGAUAUCAGUUUGAUGAAUAACUAUGAUGACCUCUCUCCUAGUAUAAUUCGCUCAGGGCUUAAAGACGUCGAGGCCCAGUGGUGCUCCCAGGGAGACCUCCUGGCUGUGGCUGGCAUGGAGAGACAUGGGCUCACUUCUGACUCAGCUUGUGCAUCCAUCAUGAGGAAUGCCCUUGUUAAGUUUUAUAAUGUCCAAGGUGAACACAUCUACACUUUGGAAACACCGGCACAGAGGCCCAUCACCACCAUUUGUUGGGGUCACAGAGAUUCCCGUCUGUUCCUCGCAUGUGGACCAGCUCUCUAUGUGGUCCGUGUGGAGCACAGGGUGGCCAGCCUCCAACUUUUAUGCCAGCAAGGCAUUGCCAGCGCCCUGCGAGAGGAGAAAGAUGUCGGGAAACUAAACAUGCCCUCGCUUCUCUGCUCUUAUGUCACCACUGCUUUUAUCCCCACCAUCAAGCCGCCAAUUCCUGACCCCAACAACAUCCGCGACUUUGUCAGCUAUCCCACAGCAGGGAACGAGAGGCUCCACUGCACCAUGAAGCGAGCUGAGGACAGUCCUGAAGCAGGCGGACCCUGCUACACGCUGUACCUAGAAUAUUUAGGAGGACUUGUGCCUAUUCUCAAAGGAAGGCGCAUCAGUAAACUUCGGCCCGAGUUUGUUAUUAUGGAUCCAAAAACUGAUGGCAAGGCAGAGGAAGUUUGCGUCAAUCCCAUGAUCUCAUACACCGACAGCUGUAACUGCUCUGACUCCAGUGACAUUGAGCUGAGCGAUGAGUGGGUCGGGAAGAAGUCACCAAAGUUAUCUCGCGGAAACAGGCUGAACAUGGAAUCAAGAAAAUCUCCCAAACUUUCACGUGCCAAUCAAGAAGGCCAGCGAUCACCACGCCUACCAACAAAGAAGCCUCCCGUUCGGUCACCCAGCCUGACACGGCGUGAGUUUUCUAUGGAUGGAAUUACGGAGCACAAUUACCUUGCACAAGUGACAUCUAAUAUUUGGGGGACAAAAUUCAAAAUUGUGGGACUUGCUUCUUUCCUCCCCACGAAUCUUGGCGCAGUCAUCUAUAAGACCAGUUUGCUUCAUUUGCAACCGAGACAGAUGACAAUCUACCUUCCAGAAGUGCGAAAGAUUUCCCAUGACUUCAUGAGCCUGCCUGUGUUCAACCCCAAUGUGUUCAGCGAGGAUGAGGAUGACUUACCAGUGAUGGGGCCGUCUGGAGUGGCUGGAGACAAUCCUCCAUGUACAGUCAACAUUCCCAUUGCUCCCAUCCACAGCCCAGCUCAAGCCAUGUCCCCAACUCAGAGUAUUGGUCUGGUUCAGUCUCUUUUGGCCAAUCAGAAUAUUCAGCUUGAUGUUNACAGCAACACCAUCACCCGUCCCAGUCACAGCAGCAGCUGCAGCAGCAGCAGCAUCAGCAACUACAGCAGCUGCACCACCAGCAGACGCUACAUCAACAACAGCAACAUCAGCAACAGCAACAAGCAACACCAAGUUCAGCAACAUCAACAAAUGCAACAAACGCAACACCAAGUGACGAACCAACAGCUUCAGCAACAGCAGAUCCAACAGCAGCAGCAGCAGAUGCAGAUGCAGCACGAGCAAAUGCAGCAGCAGCAGCAGCAGAUGCAACAGCAGCAGCAGCAAAUUCGACAGCAGAUCCAAGAGAUGAGGCAGCAGCAGCAGCAGCUCCAGCAGCAGCAUCAGCAGAUCCAGCAGCAGCAUCAACAGAUGCAGAGGCAGCAUCAACAAAUGCAGCAGCAACUGAAGAUCCAAAUGUCGUUGCCCCCUCCUCCAUCUGGCUAUCCAACCAUUUCCUUGCAACAGAUUCAUCUUCUUCCCCAGAUGCCACCUCCCACCACUGAGCCAGGGCUCGACAGGGGAGACCAUGGACACACUCUGAAGCCAAGUCUGCCACGUACAUUACCUCCCUCCUUUAACGAUACAGAUGGGUCUGUAGAGAUUCAGAUGAGGAAAAUAAAUCCUCCUCCUCCGUACCCGGGGACUGUAGUGUCUGCAGCAGCAGCUUCAGCUGCUGCUCCUCCUCAAACUCUCAUCACAAACUGUGACAGCCCAAGUAUCCUGGCACCGGACCCCUGCCUGAAAAAGGAUGAAUUUUUGCUUCAUCCUGUCACCUUACAGUACCCAACACCUCUUGGGUAUGAAAGGAUCACGACCUUUGACAGCAGUGGCAAUGUGGAGGAGGUGUGUCGGCCACGAAGGCGCCUCAUUCGCAACCAGAAUGCAUACGCUGUGCACAGCAUUGGGGGCUCAGCUACCCUCAAAGUCACUUCCUCAGAGAAUAAAAAAAUUCAGCUUCCAUACAGCUCAGCAACAUUAAGUCGUCUUUCUGUCCCUCGAUACACAAUACCAAGUGGAGACCCCCCUCCUUACCCUGAUCCAGCCAAUCAGGUAACAGCUACACUUCCUCCUCCCCAGAGAAUUGAUAGCAGCCUCAUUCAUGCCACUCUACGUCGUGAACGAAGGGAUGUGGGCCUCAAAGUGCCACAGAUGAUGGACAGCUCAAGGACACUACCUACUAAAGCUAAAAUGAACAGUGCAUUAGCCCUUUCCUACCAGCAGAGGGUGCCCACUGCCUUAUACACAUGCACACAGUGCAGUAGUAACAGCAGCAGCACCAGUGUUAGUGUCAGUGGAGGUGGAACUACCAGUAGUGGUAUUGCAGGUGGAACGGUGGUGAGGCAGGACUUCCCACCAGGGAAAGGUGCGCAUCACAGUACCAUUAUAGUGCACUCCAAAAAUGCCUCCCCAAUGGCAUCUCAGUCAUCUUACAGUCUACUGGGUGGCGUUGACAACAGUCGGGACAGAACAGUGUAUGUUAACUCUGCUUUUACUGAGGACGAGACUUUAAAUCAGCAGUGUCACCUUGAAAAAUCAGUACGUCAGCUGACUCUUGGUGAUGUCAGUUUGACAGUAAAACGCCCUCCGCCUUACCAGUGGGACACCUCCGCCACAGAAGAUUUCUGGCUCACCCCGGAUCAAACAAUGUUAGCUCCCCCACCUCAUAAACCGCCUCCCCUUAUUAUCAGUCAAGCUCAGCACCUUGAUGUGACUCGCCUUCCUUUUGUCCUCACAACUAAACCUCCAACCAGUCCGAGCACAAGCACUCUUACUUUUCCAUCAGGUUACCAGAUAUCCCUGUCACCUUUUCCUCCAGGGGUGGGUCACAGUGGACCCCCACUUCAGACUUUGCAAAACCCUCCGCAACAGUGUUCUCCAAAUGAAGUGGUCGCUCCUGUCCCUUUUGCUCAGCAGGACCCCAAUUUGGUCUUGCCACCGGGCUACCCCCCAAAUCUGGCCAACUUGGCCUGCUGUCCUCUCCCUCCUCUGUACCCAGGAGCAAGCUCAUGUGCCGGACUCCAACUGCACCCGGUCAGCCUCCACCCUUGGAACCCUUACCCCUGCCCACCGCCCAUGCAAGAUCCUCCCGCGCCUCCACUCCCAACCAAAACUCACCAGAUUUUGGAGAAGCCAAUACUGUCCCCGCCUCCUCCUACUGCACCACCUCCCCCACCUCCUCUUCCCCCUCCUCCCCCACCUACCGAGUUGCCACCAUCCAAAAGUGCCACAGAAGAUCUCGCAGAAUCUGCCAAUAACUUUCCAGAGCCAUCAUCCUUGAAUGAAAGCCCUGUCCCGCAAGAGUCAGAGCGCUUCAACAAGAAGAGCCGAAAAAGGCUCGACAGCCGAGCAGAGGAGGCCAACAUGCCCACUGUGUCUGAGGGCAAAUCCAGAAAGGAAGGGCGUGCGCUGUCUGAUUUCAACACUCUCAUUGCGAGCCCGAGGCUUGGUAGCAGAGAGAAAAAGAAGCCAAAGGGGCAGAGAGAACAACUUAAUAAAACAAAGAAAAUGAACAGGACCACAAAUGAGUUUCAGGAUAGCUCAGAGAGUGAGCCAGAGCUCUUCAUUAGCGGUGACGAGCUAAUGAACCAGAACCAGAGUAGUAAGAAGAGCUGGAAGAACAAGCGCAGCAUGCGUAUGGCAAAUGAGCUGGAGGAGAUAAAGUGUCGCAAGGCAAAUGAAAGGGAGGACCGUAGUUUAGGCAGCCAAGGGUUUGUCUACGUUAUGGCCAAUAAACAGCCACUGUGGAAUGAGGCCACCCAGGUGUACCAGCUUGACUUUGGAGGUCGAGUCACCCAGGAGUCAGCAAAGAAUUUUCAGAUCGAACUGGAUGGUAGACAGGUGAUGCAGUUUGGGCGGAUAGAUGGAAAUGCUUAUAUCUUGGAUUUCCAGUAUCCUUUCUCAGCCGUGCAAGCAUUUGCUGUUGCCUUGGCAAAUGUGACUCAGAGGCUGAAGUGAAAAGGUCAUUUGGUGUUGCUGUGCACUAACUCAACAGAGCUGAGUGGUCUUACCUUCCGACGUGUGGGGCUACGAUGGAGAAAAUGUCCUGUUUUACUUAGAAGAGAUUAAUAUAUGUACAAGCUAGUCUUGCACAUGGAGGCAAUUUACAAUCAGUGUGUUUAGGGCAAAGUCACUCCAGGUUGGUGUUGAUGAAAGAGAUUUAAGUGAAUCCAUAAUUUCUAGUUCAUAUAUUAAAUGUAGUCAUGUAGUCAAACUAUUAUAAUUAUUAUGAUAUGGUAUAUAUUAGAUUAAAGAAAACAAACCUAACUAACUUAUGUUGCAGUGACUUUUAAAAGCAGUCUGGAGGUUUAGUGCCAUCUGUAGUAUCAAACACAUUAUCUCGCUAUUGAACUGCAAAUUAAUAACCUUGUCGUGUUUAUAAAGAAAUAAGCACAGCAAAUAUAUAAGUCUGAAGUGGCAUUCAAAAUUUAUAUACACGUUCACUAAGCCAUACCGUAUGUUAUAUAAAGGCUGCACUAUUUUAAAUCCGUAUUAAGAAAUAAGUAGAUAUAUUAUACAGUUUUAUUAUAACACACUUAUAGGUAUUUAAUUACAUUUAUUUAUAAUCUCAUUUGGAAUUUUUUUCAGUUGAAUGUCUUCAACAUUAUGUUCAAUUUGCUGAACAUGCAAUAGAGGGAUAUAUAAAUUUGGUAGCUGCAACAUGAAAAGUUGAGUACAGUUUACCAUAGUUUAUAUAUUUUCUCUUCAUGCUACUUCCAUGAAGUGCUGCAAUGAACAUAGUUAAUCGUAUUAUUUUGGCCUCUGUACAUUCAACCCAUUCAACACCUGACGGUGUGUUCAUUUUUCCACUUGUAAAUUUAAACACAUUUCGAUUGAAGAAACAUUAUUCUCUAUUUCCUUGUUGAUUUCAGAAUCAACUAUUGUGGAUACAGUUGUCAGUAAUCGUGUACAGUAAGUCUAUGGGUGCCAUAUCUAGCCAAAGGCGUUUGGCUGAAAGGAUGCCUGCUAGAAAAUUAGCAGAAAAUGAUGUCAUGUAGAUCUCAUGUCACCCAGAAUAAAUCUACACAGUAACGAUUAAGAUCUUUUCAAUCAAAUUCACUUGGUUGGCUCUGUUUUGUUUCCACUGGGUGUUUAAGAUGUUACUUGAAUUCUGCAUUUGAAUGUGAAGUACAGUAGUUUGCCUAUUUUGGAAACCAGUGCUGCUUUAGAUAGAGCUUGUGUGCAAUAAUGCUACCUACACAGAACUUAAUGUCGUACCUGCAAAAGAAAAUGUAAUGCUGCUUGCGCUGUGUAUUUAGUGACUUAACAUUAUUAUGUGCUUAGAAAAAUAUGUGUGUAUGUUGCUAAUUUGAAUAAUUUUGUAUUUCACCUUUGCUUUAACAUUGCACCUUGAGUUGUUUUGGGUUUUUUUUAUUUUUGUUGAUGUUACAGAAAAAAGAAUGAGAGCAUAAACAUGCAGAGCUAUUAACUACAACAUACUCAUAAGUUGCUAGAGAUGACCCGUUAGUGGGAGUCAGAUUCAUGUAGAUUUGGUGCUAUUGUAUAAAGAAAAAAAAUGUGAUCUUAUCUGGAAAUCUGUCACUUGUUUUUAGAAGUUUAUUUUAACUGGAAAGUAUUUUGCAAAAAGUUACAGAACAUUUGGUGCAGAUGUUUUCAUUUCAGCUUUUUUUUUUAUUCAGUGCAGCUUCAGAGAUUUUAGCAACAGUGCGUGUCAGUUAUUAUCAGCAAUACUGCCUAAUAACCGAAUGGUUUGCUGCCUGAUUGUUUUUCUCUUAUUUUGUGAUGAAAAGAAAAAUUUGACUGUAGGUUUUCUGGGGACCUAUAAGCUGGCCAAAAUGGAAUAAAAAUCUAUGGUUCCAAAA